CUGAAGGCAAAGGUCAUGGGAAAGGAAAGCUUUUACUGUUAAACCAUCCUCAGACCAGAAGACAUCAGGGCAAGUCCUGAAGUUAGAGAAGGAAUAAGGAGCUGAAAUAUCCGGACUUCAGAUCUUUGUAGGCAACAAUGAAGACGAUCAUGCUGUGCACGAUACUCCUCCUGGUGCUUCAUAUUCAGCCAACAGUCUCCCAAAAAGUUCCGUGCUAUGCCGGCUUUUCUCUGACUGAUGGAACCUGCAGUGGUAUUUUGGGAGAAGUGACCAUUGACGACUGCUGUCUGAACUCCAAGUAUGGUUAUCAGGAAAAUGGAGUUUGCAAGUCCUGUAGAACCGCUCAAUGGUCUGAAUGGUCCCCUUGGAGCGAGUGCUCAGUGAGUUGUAUGGAGGGAGUGCAGCAGAGACGACGUGCUUGCUAUGGCAUUGGCAGGUGCUACGAUCCUUACAGGAAAGGGAGCAUCCAGACUAAACCAUGUGUAGACAGGGCUUGCUGUCCAGAAAAUGGAGGAUGGUCAGAGUGGAGCUCAUGGUUUCCAUGUUCUGUUACAUGUGAAAGCGGAAUCAAAAAGAGGAACAGGAAGUGCACCGAACCCGCUCCCAAAUGUGGUGGCUCUUGUCUUGGUGACAGUGAAGAAACUGCACGUUGUGACACAGGGAUUGUCUGCCCAACUCAUGGCAGCUGGUCUUUAUGGGGCAGCUGGGGUCCCUGUAUGGGAACAUGUCAGAACGAGGGCUUCCCACCUCCUGAACAGCAGCGCCGUAGGACCUGUACGAGCCCUCCACCGUCUGUGGUGCCACGUGGCAACAACUGCCCAGGUUCCGAAACGGACAGCCAGCCCUGUACAGAAUUACCUUUCUGUAAAGUGAAUGGAAACUGGGGAAACUGGGGUGGUCUCUCUCCAUGCUCUGUGACAUGUGGAGUGGGACAGCAUAUGCAACAACGAACAUGUGACAAUCCUGCACCAAAAUAUGGUGGCCAGCCGUGCCAAGGGGUGGACACCAGAAACAUACUCUGCAAUACUAAUAAAUACUGCCCAUUUGAUGGUCAUUGGAGUGAGUGGGGUCAAUGGACUCCGUGUAAAUCACCCAACGAUAGAUCAAUUACAUGUAAGAACAGACCGGGACAUCGGAGAAGAGAGCGAGAUUGUUUAGGCAGACAAUACAGUGGGGAGUACUGUCCUGGGGAAGGUGUGGAACACAAAACCUGCUAUGACAUCGACAACUGCGAGGAGGUAAAUGUGUACUGGUCAGAAUGGAGUAGCUGGAGUUUGUGUAAACCGGACUGUGGAAAGAAUUCUAUUCAGAGGAGAAAGAAGGAGUGCAUUCCAGACAUCUCAAAAUACAGCGACAAGAACCUUGAGAUGUUUUCAGGAACCCCCACUAAGAAGUGUCCACCUUCAGACACAGAAGAGUCUAGACAAUGUUUCAAUCUCCCUGAGUGCUAGAGCCAGUUUAAGCUCAUUUGAUGACUGCCAUCAAUGCGAUAUGAAGCAUUAAAUUAAGCUUUUUCACAGUGUUUCUAUGUCAGUGACUUGCAGCUUCUGUCUUGCUUCAUUUUAGUCAUUAGAAAACGUUCUUCAGUCAAAGAAAACUAAAACUCUGGAACGCUAGUUACAUCUACACAGUUGCAUGGACUUAACAUUUUGAUGAAUUUGACUGUUUUUAGACGAUAUGGCUACGUCUACUCAGCUGUAUUUGAAAGUGAUGAACGGUUAGUGUUAUAUUUUAGAAAUCUAACAUCUACUUACUAUUUUCUUUUUUAGCUUAGUAACAUAAUAUUGGUGACUGAAGCUGUAUUGACUGGUCAUGUCAAACCUAUAUCGCUAUCAUUGUGAGGUUUACCAUUUUAUUUUAGACCAAGAAUUCACCAAUAAAGAAAAAAUAUCACCUAACAAACUUCAGUUCCUCCGAUGGGAGAUGCAGGGUGUACUAAGAUGUUCCACCACAGUUCUUUAAGUUACUCAGUGCUAAGGCAGUCUUUUGACUUGCACCCUUCCUGCUUCUGCGCGAGAUGCUUAUUAUAAAAAUACAUUUACUCCUGCUCAACUUGUUAUUUCAAUAAACUGCUUUUACUCAAGUAA